AUGUUCGAAAGCGGGACGCUAAAUCGUAAACAGUACGUGAUAGAGUUAUUCAAGUACUCCUCGUCACUCCAAAGCGAUUCAUCCGACGAUGACGACCCCUUUGCAGAAAUUGACGAGGAAGAGUUUACCGAGUAUGAUGAGAAUGAAGCGUACGAGCGUGAACAGUCACUGCACAUCACCACUGAGGUGGAGAGUCUGACGGAGCAACUGGAGACUGCCACAGGCACACAGAUUGAGGAGGUGGCCGACAAACUG